AUGAAUAAGAGGUGGUUACUGCUGACGUGGCUGUUUCUUCUAUGUGGGGUCGUUCAAGGGAACCAAGAAACCAUUAACCAAAAGUAUCACGAUGUCUGUUCAGGGAUGUAUUCCAAGGAGGAUUACAAUGGAAAAGUGGACCCGUUUAUAUCGUUUACUUUAGAGGAACUGCCUCUUGCUGAAGAAGGUGAUCUUGGUGAGGGGAUUAGCGUCGCCGUAUUUGAUUUCCAAGAUUAUGAGAACAUUGGCGUACAGUUACCAAAUGGGGAAAUUCAUUAUAUUUGCGAUGACUAUGCAUUGGACUUGGGUCUCUGUGAGGCCUCAUCCAAGGGGCAAUUUAUCAUCCAAGAAACGGCCAUCGACCCAUUCACCAGUAAGGAACAUAAUUUAACAAGUCAAAUUUUGACUUUUACUCAACAAGAAUUGGGUACGAACGAAAAGACAUACCCAAUAAAAAAGACAGGGUACUAUUGUGUCACCACGUCUUCUUUCAUGUCUUCCAGUUCCAAGUUCCGGGCCACGGUGAAUUUUAGGAACGCCUAUGGUCAAUUGGAUGCUUCAGAGGCGUACAAGAUGCCCAUUUAUGCCUUUUUAGCUGUUGCUUACGCCAUCUGCACAUUAGUGUACUCUUGGCUAUGUUGGAAACAUAGACAUGAAUUAUUACCUUUACAAAGAUACAUUUUAGUUUUUUGUAUCUUCCUAACAGCAGAUACUAUUUUCGUCUGGAUGUACUAUCUUAUUGAGAAUCAAAAAGGAGACUCUAGCGUGGCUCUUCAUAUAUAUAUGAUUUUCAUAUCGAUAUUUAGCGCUGGUAAGAUGACUUUUACAUUUCUCCUCGCCUUGCUAAUAUCCUUUGGUUACGGUAUAGUGUAUCCAAAAUUGGAACGUACACUGCUAAGAAGAUGCCAGAUAUUCGCAGUGUUUACCUUCGCAGUAUGUGUUGCGUUCUUGCUCCAAAAAUACUCCCAAAAUUCCGAGUCUUUAUCCAAUUUGAUUUUAAUUACUGCUAUCCCCAUGGUGCUAUGUCUAUUUGCGUUCUAUUAUCUCACCCUUUCUUCCAUGAACAAAACAAUGACCUAUUUAAGGGAACAAAAUCAAGUGGUAAAGCUAAAUAUGUACCGAAAACUGAUCGUAUUGAGCUACAUUUCGUUGUUUAUAUUGUUCUUGGGUCUGUUGGUCUCUACUUUUGCAUACGUUGGUAUGGACACUGUUGACAUGAUAGAACAAUAUUGGAAGACAGAGUUUCUCAUUACAGAUAUCUGGCCCAGUUUUGUUUAUUUCUUGGUCUUCGUCGUUUUCGCAUUCUUCUGGAGACCUACAAGUACAUCCUAUUUACUAGCAUGCUCGCAGCAGCUACCAACGGACAUGGAAAAUGUAUCAGAAUUUGAUUUGGAUGAUAUGAAUUCUUUGUCAGAUGAGAUGUUGCCCAAUAGAGGGCCACGCAAUGACCACGAAGAGCAGAAUAACAAUGUAGACAUCGAUUUAGCAUCCGAUUUUGUAGAAGUACCAAGUGCAAGUACAAAUACAAAUACAGAAGCCAAUGACGAUGUUUUGUUCGAUGUAGAUUACGAUAGGGAUGCAAAAAAUAAUAGACAGGCUACCUAA